CUCUGCGGCCUCUCCGGAGAGCGCGCGCGUCGGUCGCCUGCGCGUGCGUUCGUCGACAAUAGUGCAGCCAUGUUUUGGUGUUGUAGAGGUCGUUAGUGGCUGUCAACGAACUAGACCCCGCAAGAUCCACCAUCUUUGGCAGCGGAAGUAUCGGCGGAUGUCCCGGCGAUGGAUAAUCCUUCUUACUUCGCGUUGCCGGACAAAAAUGUCACGGACGGCGAAGCGUCGCCUGCGUCCAGUUCGGAGCCCUACUCGAGGUCAGCUCCGAGCCGCGUUUGGCCGGAUUCCAUACGUCCUUUGGGAUCUCCACGGAGGAGAGAACCCGAGAGCCCGAGGAGAAAGGAGUUCCGAGCUCUACUGAGGUCCCUAUCGGCUAGGGAGCCGGAACAAGCCGAAGCAUUCUUAAAGGGACAACCGAGGCCUGGGGACUGUGCUCCUAGAGAUAUGAGACACACUUUUACUGCUCCGCGAAUCAAGAAGGGCAAAAUUAGCGCAACGGUUGUCACAUCAGACGGCCCUCAAGAACGUGAGGAGGUGUUCUAUACGAUACCUCUUCAAGGUCGAAGGAGGCACUCGGUCGGAGGGUACCUCGCAACAGGCGGCGCAGGUGCUGGUGAGGUCACCACGGUGCCCAGCGAGGUGCCAAAGAUGCCACCUCCGAGGUUCACACAACAACGCGAAGAUGAAGUCAAGAGAAGACGACCAAAGAACUUUUCUUUUAAAGAAAUGGAAGAUAUAUCAAUACUUUGGAGUUCUGCCUCCCCAGAGAGCGCGCUAUGGUCAGAGUACUUAGUGGCGAGCUUUGACAAAAUCAUGUCGCAGCGAGCGAGACAUCAUUAUAGGGUAACACCAAUCACAGCAGAGGAACUGAUGGCCUGCGAUUCACAAGAGAAGCUGGAAAAGCUAGCAAAGGCACAACUACAGAUUGUAAUCCUGUGCCCCAACUUGGCGCUGAAACUAACGGACUUGAAGAAGGAAACCAGCUCGGAUGGGCCGUUCAAGGCAGACAAAGUGCUGGUGAUGCUGUUGGGAGUCGAGAAGAAUCAUAUCGUCGCUAACCACUGCGAAGAUUACCCCACCAUCGACCAGUGGCAGAUGAUGAGCGUCCGAGAGAAGGAUACGUCAUUCGUGGACACUUUCUUGACUGCUGCAGUGGGCAUUCUCCGGACAAAGGACUGCAAGGACACCGCCACGGAUAGAACGAGCUUCUCUAUAGUGCCCAAGAAAGUUAAAAUUGGCCAGAGUCGGGUGAUAGCGCUCCUAAAUGACCCCAUUAGAGAGGAAGACAGCAUUAAGAUAAUGGUGGACAAAAAAGGCGAGGUCAUUCAAAUACCGACAUUCAAGAAGAGGAAUCCAUAUACUUUGCAAUUUGAUAUUCCCGACUCCUGCUUGGAAGUGUCGAUGCUGGUGUGGGUGCGUGUAAGCAAGAAUGGUCAGUCGCUUGGCAGGAGGCAGAUCAAGUGCGAGAGCCGGCUCCGCGAGCUGGACCAACUGCUUCGAGCGUCUGAUCACCCUUUGGAGUUUAUGUGCCAGACCCUCGGCUUCAAGACCACCAGUAAGGAACAGCUGGACAGUUGGAUGUUGAACGCUUUCCAGAAGAACAUACCACCGCACUUCAACCUACUGUCCUCCAACGAGCAGUUCAACCCGAAAGCUGAUGUUUCAAGUGGAGAAGAAUACCCUACAUUACUCCAUUGGGCCGCCCGCUUCGGGCUGGAACGCGUCUGCUGGCAGUUACUGGAGUGCCCGGGAGGGGGCGGCGCCGUCGCUCUGAGGAACGUGCGUCACCGCACCCCCGCCGACCUGGCCAGAGACCACAAGCACUACCGCCUCGCUGAUGUUCUGUCCGACCAUCUUAAAAUAAACGAAUUCUCCAACAUGUAUUAUUACUUGAAAAAUAUGUCCGACAACGACAAAGAAAAUCAGGACGAAGGGAAACAGAAUGAGGAAUUACGCAUUGUGGAGUCUUCCGACACUGUCGACGCCCCGUGUCAAGAAGCAGUGCAAAAUGGCACGGAACCAAACAGUGAUCCUUUCAGCGAGGCCUGCACGCAAAACUUAGAACAAACGUCGGAACCGGCGAAAGAAGAGAAAAAACGACCGAGCCUCAAGUUACCCAAAGUAAAGGAACAGUUUUACCAAAACGAGAUGCCUUUCCACGACAACACCAUGGACAGAAUACAGCAAGCUAUCGAACACGACUAUCUAGUUCAACCUUCUAACAUCAAGGUAGAAAGUCCCAAAUUCCGACCGAAUAACCUGUACGCCAACAGCUCUCGAUUGAUGCCUCAGCAGUCCGAUAUAUUUCUGUAUUCACCCACCGAAGAAUCCAAGACUUUUAAUAUUGAUACUCCCACUAGUGAUAUAAGCCAAAUCAAUUUGAAUGCCAAAGACAUCCGCAACAGUGGCAGCGUCAAAUCGGGGAAAGAGAGCUGCCCUCUGACUGGGCAGGAGGAGCUAGCAGAAAUAAUCAACGAUUUCAAAAAUAACGUGUUCAGUAUAUCUGAAGUGGAAAAGUUAGUGAUGGAGUGGCGCAAUCGGAAUGAGACCCAACAGUCACUAAAGGAGAAACAGGAGCAACUGAAUAAAAUGAGAGAAGAAUACGACAAAAUACAACAGAAGAUCAAAGAUAACUUGAAGAGGCCUACUCCAUUUGAGAGGGUAAAAAAAAUGUUCUCGAAGAGCAAAAAUAAAAACCAUGAUAGCAACGGAGGAAUAGAAAAACGCAAUGGAAACACGAGGCCAAAUAGCAGCAUGAGUGACAGUUCGUCAUCCUCUGGACGGCUGAGUACAGUCAGCGGCGGCAGCGUGGCCGAGACGAACAGCGUUCAGUCAGAGAUGGAAGACAAAGCGAGGUCUAUUAUAUCAUCCAGCACAUUGACCAUGCACUCCGCGUGUGAGGGAGACAGCAGAAUGGACGACUAUCUCAUCCCGCCACCGCCACGCCCUCUCAACGGCUGCCCACAGUUCACCACCUUUGGACACCCUAGCAAGCAUGACACGAGGGGCCAACACAUGGCGACGAUAGUGGAACGCGAAGCGUCCGCGUCCCGCGAGCGACUGGACGGCGAGGCCGAUGCGCGCGCGACUCACCUGCGCAUGACAUUCUCGCGCGACCGCCCCGCGACUAGUCGCUGCGACGACCGCGCCGCGACUAGUCGCGAGCCGCAGCACAUGUACAUGAAUAUAUCAGCCACACACACGUAGCUCCCACGUGCGAGCCGUGACAAUCGCCCCAUAACUAGUCGCAAGCCGCAGCAUGUGCAUGAAGAAAUCAACUACACUACGUAGCUGCAACUAGUUGCUGCACCAUUGAGAUAGUUAAAUUAUCAUCACUAUUAGAAUACAUCAGACUAAAUACGACCACAUUACUAGUCCAGACUAGUCAAAACACCACGAACAACGGUGUUGCUAACUAGUUGCUAGGCUCCCUAGUGUGAACUUCACUUGUUCUUGUUUCAAGUAAAGGCGGUCAUCAAACAUCACAAAAUUCGCAUGAUUGGAAUACACAGAGUAAGGCAAAACAAAAGCUUGACAUUAAAUUGUCAGUACACCACAUGAAGACUUAAUGUCUUUGAAGCAUUCGAAUAUGAAUUCGCAUGCGAAUUUACAUUAAUAGGAAUUUUGAGCAUAAAAGUAAAAUUAUCUAUUGAUUGCUAGUAUAAUUUUUUAUGCGAAUAUACAUUUUUAAUGCUUCAAAAACACAAGCAAACGAACAAAAUUAAAAAGCAAGUAAAUGAUAAUGCUAAUGAUAUUAUCAUAAAGACAUUGAGUUAUGCCGUUUCGCCAGAAUCACUGUUAAGAAUAAAGAGCUUUUGUUCAUGGAUAACAACGAAGACUGAAAUCAUUUGUUGUAAAUAUUUUGUAAAUAGUAAGCAAUUCAUUUUAAUUUUUUAUUUAUUAUUAUUAAUCGUAAUUGCAUACCAUUAUACGUAUUUAAUUUACAAUAGUACAAAAUAUACCCUUAGUUUAAAUUUAUACAUUUAAGUUUAGCCACAGAGCUAAGGUUAAGAAAAUGUCAAGACCAUGUUCUUUUCAAAUAUUUUUUAUUAACGUGUCCCAAAAAUGCAUUUAUAUGUACGUACAUAAUACCAAAUAAAUGAUAAAUACAAAAAU